AUGGCUUCUACAGAUAGUAUAUCUAUGGCCAUUGCUGCCGGGACAGAGGCUGCUCGCCAGCCUUCUGUCCCAGCUGCUACCUUUGAUUUACCUGCUGUGCAACACGUUCUCUCGGAGUUGCCUGAAUCAUCUUCAUCUUUGUCAGACCGAGGCACGGAGACGCUCAGCUUGGAAGAGCAAGAGAAGAUGUUUCGUGCCUUGAAAAAUGUCAUUGAGGGUGCCGAUGCGGAGGCUGGAAAUGCUUUUGAUCUCAAGGAACUGCAUGCAUCGCUGGAACAGGCUGAUGCGGAUGCACGACGUGGUCGAAGAGAUUCGGAGUCCUUGCAGAGUGUGCUGAAGGUCAUUAACCAGCUAUGGGCCAGUGAUUCCGAAUUCCUGGCCCAGGCCGCUGAGAUUCUGGCUAAUGGGAGUCGGGACCUAUCAUGGCGUGGUCCAAUUGGGCAAUCCGGGAUUCUAAAAUUCUUUUUGGAGGUCAUCUCAUCAAAGAAGGAUUUGGAUGUCAAAUUACUGCUUCAUUCUUUGCGGCUUGUGGGAAAUUCUUGCGCUGACACAAAUGAGAACAGGCAGAUUGUUGUGGAGGGUUCCUAUACACUCCCGAUUAUCCGGCAUUUCCUCAAUCCUGAGUUGGUCCAUGUCGCGAUUCCAGUCAUUUACAACAUCUGCAUGGACUACGAGCCCGCACAUGCCCAGAUGGCUGAGAAUCGAACGGCGUACAUCAUCUUGAAACUUCUCAAAGAUGGUGCCAUUAAGGAUAAUGGUGCUCUGCUCAGCUUCUCUUAUGACCUGGUGGAGCUGGCCUCAGAACAAGAGAAAGGCAUUGAAAACUCCCCUGAUGGAACAGUCUGGCUUCUCACGCAGCUCGCCCUAGAAGAGACCGAGUUCGAACACUUCUCAUCGCUAGUGAACAGUCUCUCGGCUUAUUUGGAAAAGGAGCGAUUCCAAAACGCCUGUAUUUCGAAUGACAUGGUCGAGGACGUGCUAUCUGUCCUUCGUCGGUCCUUCUCGAUCGACAUCGACGAGUCCUCCAAAGAGGAGGUUUCGGGUCUUGCCCAGAUUAAGCUCAAAAUCAACCAGGCCCUUGCUGAAGUUUCAGCCUCGUCUUUGUUCGCUGAGCACUAUCCGCUUGACUCAGCCAUAGCCCACACAUUAAAGUCAUGGAUUGUCGCGGAAGAAGAUCAACUUCAAAUCUGCGCAUGCGUUAUGCUCGGAAAUCUGGCUCGAUCUGAUGAGGUCUGCCAAGUGAUGGUGCGGGACUUGAAAAUUCAUGAAGAGUUGAUCUCCGUCCUCAAGAAUGGCUCUCGCGGUGCCGUCCUUCACUCGGCUCUUGGUUUCUUGAAGAACCUUGCAAUCGCUGGUGAUAACCGGGUCAGCCUUGCGGAAGCCGGGAUUAUCCCGGCAGUAUCCCGCUUAUGGGCGUUUGAGUCUGUGCCACAGGUCCAAUUCUCUGCCGCGACUAUUGCUCGCCAGGUAACCAUCUCUUCUAUGGACAAUAUCUCGCGUCUACUGGCUCCGCUGUCGGAAGAUCCCGAUUCUCCUGCUCACAAGCGGACUUAUCUUUCUUUACUCUUGUCUCUCUUUGAAAAGACUGACUCUGCGCCUAUCAAGACAGAGAUUGGACGUACCGUGGCUUCCAUUUGCCGAACGGUUUCUCCAAAGGCUCGUGAAGGAGAUGAGGAAGCCAAGUCACUGUUGGAGAAAUUGUAUACCCUUCACGAGGGUGUUGCUCGACCGGUCGGUGCGAUGAUUACUCAAACUCAAUGGCCUGUUGUUCGAAGUGAAGGAUGGUUUGCUUUGGCUUUGAUGGCAAACAACCAGUCAGGCUGUAUAGCUGUGGUGGACUGCUUGCACAACGAAGAGGUUGCAAUGCUACUCAAGAAAACUCCGAGCGGGGAGUCUUCUGCUUCGGAUGUUUCGAACGACUCCAACGAACCGAAUACCACCCAAGUUGCCAAGGAUCGCGAUAAUGCGUUUGUUCUUGUGCAGGAAUUGUUAAAGAAUGAGGCUGGCGCACUUCCAAUGAGUCAUCGGCAGGCGAUAGAAGACUUAGCGAAGAACAGCGCAUUGCGACAGUUGAAGCCUGCGCAGAAUGCCUGA